GCUUGCACAAUUUUGUAAAUAGUGUAGAGCUGUCAAAGAUGGCAAGGUUAUUGUAAGCAGCGCGUGAGGGAUAUAUUUAACUGUCGUUUCAAAAGUUGUGGCGGAUGAUCUUUCCAUAAUAUCGGAAGUAUAGUUUGAUCUCAAUUUUUUUGCGUCGUCUCAGUUACAUUUUCUCUCAAUCAUUUGCAAAAUUUGCACUGUAUCCAUGCGCUUUUUACUAAUACCAGAAAAUAAUGGCUUUUAGAGAAACGAUUGUUUGUUAGUGUAGCACAAUUAGUCUACGAUUUUACUUGAAGACUGUGUCGUGUUUACUGGAAUCAAUAAACUUCUUAUUUCCAUUCUUUGGAACAUCAAGCCUCUACAGUCUCAGCCUCAACAGUCCCAGCCUCUACAGUCCCAGCCUCUCAUUGCCCCCCCUGUCUCCAGCAGCUCCCGGUGGGCCGCCAUGGUGAACAGCCAGGCGUCGUGCGGCGGGGCAUCCCCGAGGUCGUGUGCAGGGUGCGGGGGGAAGAUAGCCGACCGCUUCCUGCUCUACUCCAUGGAGCGCUACUGGCACACGCGCUGCCUCAAGUGUUCCUGCUGUCACGCGCAGCUGGGCGACAUCGGCACCUCCUGCUACAGUAAAGGGGGCAUGAUCCUCUGCAGGAGCGACUACAUCAGGUUGUUUGGGCACAGUGGGGCAUGCAGUGCCUGUGGCCAGUCUAUCCCUGCCAACGAGAUGGUGAUGAGGGCACAGGGUAACGUCUACCACCUCAAGUGUUUCUCCUGCGCCACCUGUAGAAACAGGCUCAUGCCGGGCGAUCGCUUCCACUACGUCAACGGCACCAUCUUCUGUGAGCACGACCGGCCGGGCUCGGCCCUGCUCAGCAGCCACCUGCCCCCCCUGCAGUCGAACCCAGCUCUGACCGACCAGAAGGUAUGUUGAGUGAAUAGAAGCAGGUGCCGCCUCCAGUAGUUGCCAUCGUCUCCCGAGGACUCCUCACCCCUGAUGCCGUGUUUGUGGAUUCUUUUGUUGAAGUCUUUUGACCAUGGGACCGUUCACUGCUUACUGAGUCACCCUGAGAUGUCAGAGACGAUAGCCAACAUCCAGCCUCCACUUUGAAUGGAAAGGAACCCAGAAAGAACGAGUUGGACCUCCAGUCAAAUGAACUGCUUCUUUGAAGGACUGGGUCUACCUGUUACCGGUGGCUGAUUUCCCAACUGUUUGCAUAUCCAAACCUUGAGCGAAGAGCGUGACUCUUGAGGAUGCAUCUCGUGAUGUACAGUAGAAUGUGGCUUAUUCCCUACCGUGGCUUUCACCUUUUUAUCAGAGGAGGAAAAUCCCAGAAGAAGCUCUUGACGAUAGUUGACUACAAAGGAACUCUGUUAUACAUUGGUUCCGCAGGGGAAAGGGACCAUUUCUGUCUUGAAUGUCUGUUUCUGUCUCCAUUGGCCGAUUCAUGAUUCGUGUCACUUCCUGUUAUUCUACUGUCUUAUUUUGUGGUUUUAGGGAACCAAACGAAAAUGGCAACCAUGAAAGAUAAAUGUCCAUUCUUUUCAUGAUGGUACUGUGUGUUCUCUAGUAGAGUUAUAUUUCUUUAUUUCAACCGAUGCUUGCUCAACAUGUGAAAUUGAAACAAAAAAUCCUAUUAAAAGAUUUUACUGUA